UUCAUCAUCAGGAUUCAUCACAAUCUCCAGUUUAAAGCUUCUCAGUCUUUCUUCAAGGAACUAAAAGCACAGCAGCUGAACUUCAUGGGUUCCUCCAGCAGUGACCUGUGUGAAGAUCAGCUCCAGUGCUCCAUCUGUCUGGAUGUGUUCACUGAUCCAGUCUCUACUCCAUGUGGACACAACUUCUGUAUGAUCUGUCUCAAAGAGUUCUGGGACAGCAGUUCACCCUGUCAGUGUCCCGUUUGUAAAACACAUUUUGCUAAAAGACCUGAGCUAUGUGUGAAUAUGUUCAUCUCUGGACUGGCUGCUUCAUUUAAAAAGUCAGUUCAGGUGAAAUCCAGCAGUGCAGCAGAAAAACCCACCCAAUCUCUGGUGCUCUGUGAGAUCUGCUGUAAAAAGAAAUGUGCAGCUGUAAAGUCCUGCCUGACCUGUAUGACCUCUUACUGCAAGACUCACCUGGAACCUCAUAAGAGUGUGUCUUCAUUAAAGAAGCACAAACUGAUAGAGCCUGUGGAGAACCUGGAGGACUACAUCUGCCAGAAACAUGAGAGACCCCUGGAGCUGUUCUGUAGAGACGACCAGAUGUGUGUGUGUCAGUUCUGUACUGAGGGAGAUCACAGAACUCACAAAAAUGUUCCUAUAGAGGAGGAGAGUGAAGAGAAGAAGACUGAGAUGGAAAAGACACGAGCAGAAGUUCAGCAGAUUAUCCAGGAGCGUCUAAAGAAGAUUGAGGAAAUCAAACACUCUGUCGAACUCAAUAAUAAAAAUAUAGAGAAGGAAAAAGCAGAUGCUGUGGAGAUCAUCAGUGCUCUGAUGCGCAGCAUUGAGAGAAGACAGGCUGAACUGCUUAAGGUGAUGGAGGAGAAGCAGAAAGCAGCAGAGAUGCAGGCUGAAGAGUUCAUUAAAGAUCUGGAGCAGGAAAUCACUGAGCUAAAGAGGAGAAACACUGAGCUGGAGCAGCUCUCACACACUGAGGAUCACCUCCACCUAGUACAGAUUUACCCGUCACUGUGCAGCCCUCCACACACCCAGGACUGGACUGAUGUCACUAUUAACUCUCAUCUGAGUGUGGAAACUGUGAGGAGAGCUCUGUCUCAGAUCCAGGAGACUCUCAGUGAGGAAAUGGAGAAGCUUGAUGAGACUGAACUGAAGAGAAUUAAACAAUAUGCAGUGGAUGUGACUCUGGAUCCUGAUACAGCGAAUCCUAAACUCAUCCUGUCUGAUGAUGGGAAACAAGUUACACAUGGAGAGACAGAACUGAAUCUUUUUGAUAACCCAGAGAGGUUUGAUUAUUGUGCUGAUGUCUUGGGAAAGGAGGGAUUCUCCUCAGGGAGAUUUUACUAUGAGGUUCAGGUCAAAGGGAAGACUAAGUGGGAUUUAGGAGUGGCCAGAGAGUCCAUUAACAGGAAAGGGGUGAUUACAGUCAGUCCUGAAGAUGGAGUCUGGUGUGUGGUGCUGAGGAAUAAGACUGAAUAUGUGGCUCUGGACUCUCCUCAUGUCUCCCUUUCUUUAAAACGGGCUCCUCAGAAGGUGGGGGUGUUUGUGGAUUAUGAGGAGGGUCUGAUCUCCUUCUAUGAUGUUGAGGCAAAGUCUCAUAUCUACUCUUUCACUGGUCAGACUUUCACUGAGAAACUUUAUCCAAUAUUCAGCCCCUGUACUGAUGAUGAGGGUAAAAAUUCAGCACCAUUGUUUAUCUGUCCCGUUAGUCAAAUAUAAAUAGUUCUAAAUUUGAAAUUUUAUUUUCAUUCAGUCUUGUUAGCAUCAUAAAACAAUUGUCUCAUGCUUCAAAGGAAGUUUAAUCUCACCUGAUUUACUAUUUUAAUAUAUUCUGUUAUUCAAAUCUAAUAUUUAAAUAUAAUUGUUAGUCAAAAAUUAGUUUGUGAAUAUGAAUAUUUCUUUAUUUUUUUUCUUAAUCAGCAUUAAGGAAAUUGGUCAUAUCGGUAAAUGUAAAUAUAUGCAAGAAAAUAUACACAAGCAGAUAUUAUUACUAAAUGAUGGACUCUCAUUACUCUGAACAGUAUAACAUAAAAACAAGUGGAAUAUCACAAUGUAACAUUCAGCAUGUGUCAUAAUCACACACUAACCUCAUCACAAACUAGCUUUAAAC